ACGCCACCUCCGGCGCGCCCACUUCCGGCGGGGCGCGGGCGCUCUGGCGGAGCGGGCGGGGAGGCCGUUAGGUGGGCAGUGCCAUGCGGCCUGGGGCGCCUCGGCUGCCGAGCGUGGGCGAGCUCCCGGCGCGCGGGCGGCCCGGCGCGGCGCUCCGGUAAGGCGUGCGUGCGGCGAGGUGGGAACGGAAGCGCCCUUCCGUCGGCGUGGCCAAGCCUGCGCUCCAGGCCGAAAUCAAGCCCCGAGCCCCCGGCGUGGGGCGUGCUCCCCGCCCGGGCCUGCCUGGCCUCUUCCCAGAAUCCGGUUUUGUUUGUUUUACGUCCAAAUUCGCCUCCGUUCUUGUUUCUCUCCCUGAGCGUAGCUGUGUCAGUGUGUUAUGAUGCCAUCUCGCACCAACCUGGCUGCUGGAAUCCCCAGUAGUAAAGUGAAAUACUCAAGGCUCUCCAGCACCGACGAUGGCUACAUUGACCUUCAGGGAGAAACUAACUGCUAAAGCCAGCAGAUUGUGGGGAUCUUCCUUCUUUCCUGAUGUCAUGCGAUCCAAUUUAUUAAAGUUUAAGAAAAGCCCUCCUAAGAUCCCAUAUAAGGCCAUCGCUCUCGCCACCGUGCUGUUCCUGAUCGGCGCCUUUCUGAUUAUCAUUGGCUCUCUCCUGCUGUCAGGCUACAUCAGCAAAGGGGGGGCAGACCGGGCCAUUCCCGUGCUGAUCAUUGGCAUUCUGGUGUUCCUGCCAGGAUUUUACCACCUGCGCAUCGCCUACUAUGCAUCCAAAGGCUACCGUGGUUACUCCUACGAUGACAUUCCAGACUUUGAUGACUAGCACCCACCUAUCCCUGAAGAGGAGUUACAGUGGGACCGCACUCAGCUCUGAGCUGCUGAGCAGAAACUGGCUGAGGGAGAAGGGAUUCUGCAGCUUGCAGAUGUUUAACAGCCGAUGGCCAGGUUUCAUGAGUCUGUUCCAAAAAUGCCAACUGAGUUUACAGUUAGCUAAUUAGGACAUGCUGUCUUUUUCAUCUCCUGGCCCUGGCAGAAGCUCCUGACAAGUUUUUCCAUGUGAAUGCGGAUCAUGGAGGAAGAGCAGUGUUACCUGGAAACGCGGGAGGUUGUGCUUUAAUGGAAAAUGUUUGCCCCCACUCUUCAGAGUUGAGCUUUUCUUUUCAGUAGUCUUCAUCCAAUUUGUUCUUGUAGCAAAUGGAAGAAUUUAGUAUGCCUAAUUUCCUUUUACUAUGUAAUUUAUUUUAAAAUACCUGGAUAUCAUAUCCCUGGUACUUAUCUCUAUCUUCAUGCUCUAGUGGAAGACCUUGGCAAAAUCAAAUACCAAGAAAGGUCUAUCUGUCAUAUUUUUUUUCUUAAUGACAGCAGCCAGAAAGUUUUUUAGACCACAGCAGGUUUUCAGAAUGUAAACACUUAGUAUCUGUUUACCAGCCUUUGACCAGCUACGAUUUGGUUCCCCAGUAAGUCAGCUGACCUAAUUUGGGGCCAUUCUGUGCUUUAUAGAUCAGAAUGUUUGUAUAUCAUGCCUUUACAGAAAGAGCUUUUGGCUGCUUCCUCAUGAAAACUAGGGAUAAAUGGUUACCCUUUAGAGUUGCUGACUCUGUUGCUGCCCUCUUAUAUGAUGCCAUUCUGCUAAUGCUGGCCAAACUCAGCCAACAUUAGCAGAGGCUGGGUUGCCUUGGGUUGAUUCUGUUUCUUAGCUUGCAAAAUGUGACUUCAAAACAAAUUAAAAUGUCCAAAUCUCCAUCCUAGACCUUUUGAAUUAACUUUAAAUAUAUUUCAGAAAACAUUGUAAA